CAGUUCAUUUUGAUUCGUUCACAAUUGUUCGGUUCCUUUACACUCAUUCCCAUUCGUGCAGUACAUUGAGAUUCAUUCACACGCGUGCGAAUUAUAGAUUCAUUUACACGUGUUCGAUUCAUUAAGAUUAAUUCACACUUGAUUCCUUCACAUUAGUGCGGUGCGGUUCAUUUAGAUUCAACGGCUGCGUCCCAAAUCGCAUACUCAAUUGAGAAGGUACUUAUUUUUAAUAAGUAAUUCACAACUUCACAACCACUAAAAUGACGUUCUAUAUAGUAAGAGUGUGUGUAUGAAUGUAGUAUGGACCUACUACAUUAGCCAUGUUGCCUUUAUCAUGUGACCUAGACCUACCAGCAUCAGUUACGUCGCUUCACUCCCAUUCACAAAUCCUCUCCUGUGGCCUCAUCAUAUGCACACUUCAGAAUCUCGCCGGGUCAUUCAGAUGCAUGAAGCUGGCUUUGGUUCAUGACUUGGCUGAGUGUAUUGUGGGAGAUAUUGCUCCAGCAGACAAUGUUAGCAAAGCAGAGAAGCACAGAAGGGAAAAGGAGGCAAUGGUGCAUAUCACAGGCCUAUUAGAUGAUGGCUUGCGGAAAGAGAUUUACAGCUUAUGGGAGGAGUAUGAGAAUCAGUCCAGUCCAGAAGCCAAACUGGUGAAGGAGUUAGACCAGCUGGAGAUGAUAAUACAAGCUCAUGAAUAUGAAGAGUUAGAGGGGAAACCUGGAAGACUCCAGGAGUUCUUCACCUCCACUGAAGGCAGGUUCCAUCACCCAGAGGUGUUGGGUCUGGUGAAGAGUUUGAAUGAGGAAAGAGCUCGCCACAUCGCUGCUGGAGGAGAUGAUACUGCUGAGAAGACCCCUGACACAAGCUCUCACACUACAGCAACACCAUGAUCACAAUUCCUGUCAGGCACUGAAGCUACCUCCACACAUCUGUGCACAAGAGUGUUAAUUUUGUCGAGAUAUACUGUUUUAUUAUAAUCUUAUUUCAUUGUACAGAAGCAUGGUUUGUGGUUGUGUGAUGGUCCUGUCCUGUUUGUCUGAAUGUUCUGCAGGACAUGAUUUGUUUCCACGGUUGUAAUUUUAUUGAUAAAAAUCAAUCUUUUUAUUAAAACCAAAUGGGAGUACGUAAAACUGUUUUUCACCUUACGAGUAGUUCUUUUUUUUUUAUCAGCAUUUUACUGCCUUCCUGUAUUACAAUCUUUAAUAAAAAGAAUGUUUUAUGACCACUGAA